GGUAAAUCGAACCCGGUGUUUCAGGUGGUUCUGCCACUUCGACGACGAUAAUUACGUGAACGUGCCACGCCUGCUGAAGCUUCUGGACAACUACAAUCCUCGGGAGGAUUGGUACCUGGGCAGGCCCUCGAUACCGGCACCCUUGGAGAUCAUCAGGCAAGGACCGGAACCCUCCAAGCGACCGCAAAAGGUGAAGUUCUGGUUCGCGACCGGUGGCGCUGGAUUUUGCAUCAGCAGAGCACUCGCGCUGAAAAUGACGCCUGUGGCUGGAGGAGGGAAAUUCAUCACAGUCGGCGACAGAAUCAGGUUGCCCGACGACGUGACGAUGGGAUACAUAAUCGAGUACCUGCUGAAGAAACAGCUCACCGUCAUCGAGCAAUUCCACUCGCAUUUGGAGCCCAUGAAGUUUCUCAACAAGGACACCUUCGGUGAACAGGUUUCGUUCAGCUACUCGAAGGGUCCUAGGGACGAGUGGAAUAUUUUGAAGAUCGACGGCUUCGACAUGAAGGACGAUCCUAAAAGAUUCAAGUCGAUCCACUGCCAUCUGUUUCCCCAUGUGGCCAACUGUCCUCACAGAUGAUCCACCGGAUGAAGAAACGGAAGAGAACCUUCGAGGAUUCACCUGUACUUUGUUUUUGUUAUUUUUUUUAUUCGUGUCCAGAGAAGUUAGAACUGUGUCGUGAAAUUUGUACAUAGAUGUAGAUAGUUUGGAACGUUUACGCAACGUGGAGCCAAAUACCGAUGGACCAUCGCUAUCUCGCUCGUAGAUCGUAUUUAUGUACAGAAAGAGAGAUUUUUGUUUCGAGCGUGGAAAGUUUAACUCGGAUUGUACAUAGAAGCAACCUUAUCGAGAUUACAUUGAAAUAUUUCGGUAGGGUUCGAAUAUUUUGGCGACGUCGCCGCUGUAGGAAAUUACCUUAAGCUAGUCCCCGUGUAAUGAAACCCGUACAAUGUGAUAUUUAAGUGUGAGUGCGAUGUUGUUUUUUACGCGUGAGAGGAAGUCGGAUGCUGUGCGCAGAAUUUUCUGAAAUAAAAAUUUGAGUACAGUUGUAGAUGGCAUAAAGAUUGUAGAAGAUACCAUCUUAGAAAAUAAGGAACACAGGAGUGGAACUUGUAGAUGUUCUUUAGGACAAACACGUAAAGUAGGAGUGGAACUUUAUAGAUCUUUAGGAAACUUCGGCGUUCGAUUUCCUCGUCUUCCUUUUCGCGAUUGUGCAAUAUCAAGAGAUACGAGAAUAGUUGAUUUAUGAGAAAUCGAGGAGAAGGAAAGAGGCGGGUGUACGAUUAUGUACGUUACAAUAACGAUGUUUUAUAUAAUACACGGACAUAUCUAUACGA